AUGGAAUUGAUCACUGACCUUGGACUGGCAGGAUCAAAGCCAUCGACAACCCCAAUGGAAUGCAAUCAGAGAUUUACCACUGUGGAAUAUGAUCAAUACUUGAAUCUGAAAGAAGUUGAGAAGUUGCCAGAUGCAGGACCAUACCGGAGACUAGUUGGGAAGUUGUUGUACCUCACCAUGACAAGGCCAGGCAUUUGUUAUGCAGUGCAUAUGCUGAGCCAGUUCAUGCCCGUAUGUCAUGUGUAUAUGCCAGUUCAUGCAUUGCCCAAAGAAGUCACACAUGGAGGCUGCAAUAAGACUUGUGAGACAAAAAAAAAGGCUCCAGGCCUGGGUUUGCUAAUGAGCUCAAAGCAGUCCCCAAGACGCACAACCUUUUGUGAUGUUGACUGGCCAUCAUGUCCAGUGAACAGAAGGUCUGUGAUAGGAUAUGUGAUGAAGCUGGGAAACUUUUUGGUGUCUUGGAAAUCAAAGAAGCAGUGCACAAUAUCAAGAAGCUCAGCAGAAGUUGAAUACAGGAGCAUGGCUGCUGCAGUCUCAGAAAUUCUAUGGUUAACAGGGUUGUGCAAAGAGCUGGGUGCAGAGGUUGAAUUACCAGUGGAACUACAUUGUGAUAGCAAAGCAGCAAUCCAAAUUACUGCGAAUCCCAUAUUCUAUGAACGAACAAAACAUAUAGAAAUGUACUUGCACUUCAUCAGAGAAAGAAUUCAGCAAGGAGUUGUUAAAACAAGAUAUGUGAUGUCAAAAGAUCAGGAAGCAGACUUGUUUACAAAGGCUCUGGAAAGAUCACAACAUGAAUACCUAAUGAGCAAGCUAGGGGUGCUCAACCUAUUUGCACUAUCUAGCUUGAGGGGGAAUGUUGAAGAAAGGAACGAGCAUGUGCCAGUCACGUGA